CCUCUCUGAGAGAUCUGAAGACAAACUCCGCUCCGUUCACGAGCUUCUGUUCCCUCUCGUCGUUCCUCUCCACCCUUGAGCCGAGAAGAGCCAAUCUACUGAGAGUUCUUCGAAACCACAACCGGACGUCGUCCUUACUCCGUUUUUCUCCCUUUCUGAACUCCACUCCGAACGGUCAUCCCCGCGUCUGAGUUUCCGCCGCGGAAUUUCUCCACAGACGCGGGGGAUAUGCUUUGAUUCAAUCAUUUCCGGUGCUCGAUCGGGACAGUUGUGCCUAGUGCCAGAAUGGGGCGUUUAAGGCUACAGUCUAACAUUAAAGCAAUUGAAGAGGAACCAGAAGAGUGUGAAUCUACCUCCUCGAGUAAAAAUGAUUUAGCUUGCAUGAUAAAUUCAGAGGUAAGUGCUGUGCUGGCGGUGAUGAGAAGGAACAUGAGGUGGGGUGGCCGUUUCGUGUCUGGUGAUGAUCAGCUAGAGCACUCCUUAAUUCAGUCCCUGAAGAAUUUGAGGAGGCUGAUAUUUUCGUGGCACCAUCAUCAGUGGCAUACCAUCAACCCGGCAUUGUAUCUUCAACCGUUUCUGGAAGUUAUCCGUUCUGAUGAGACUGGGGCACCGAUCAAUGGUGUUGCGCUGUCAUCUGUCUACCACAUUUUGACUCUUGAUGUUCUUGAACUGAACACUGCAAAUAUCGAAGAUGCUAUGCACUUGGUUGUUGAUGCUGUGACUAGCUGCAGAUUUGACGUUACUGACCCUGCUUCGGAAGUUGUGCUCAUGAAAAUACUUCAAGUCCUUUUGGCUGUCAUGAGAAGUAAAGUAUCUGUUGUCUUGAGUGAUCAACACGUUUCCACCAUUGUCAACACUUGCUACCGAGUUUUUCAUCAAGCCGGAACCAAAGGCGAGCUAUUGCAACGGAUCGCACGCCACACCAUGCAUGAACUUGUGAGGUGUAUCUUCUCUCACCUUCCAGAAGUUGACCAUACACAGUCCUCAAUAGUUAAACGGGGCAGUUCUGCAAAACAUGAGGUUUCUGCCCUAGAUGGUGGCUAUGGUUAUAGUAGUAAGUUAGAGAAUGGGACAGCUUCUUCUGAAUAUGAUAGCCAACUGCCUUCAGGAGUGGAUGAAAGCAUGGUGAUGAGUGAAUAUGGGAAGGAUACAGUUCCUUAUGAUUUACAUCAAAUAACCGAGCCUUACGGGGUCCCCUGUAUGGUUGAGAUAUUUCACUUCUUGUGCUCAUUGUUGAAUGUUGUUGAGCACAAGGGAAUCAGCCCAAAAUCAAACACUGUACCAUCGGACGAAGAUGUUCCUCUGUUUGCUCUAGGCUUGAUCAACUCGGCAGUUGAACUAGGUGGCCGAGCUAUUAGGAACCAUCCUAGACUGUUGAGCUUGAUACAGGAUGAACUCUUCCGGAACCUCAUACAAUUUGGCCUCUCGACGAGUUCAUUGAUUCUUUCAAUGGUCUGUAGUAUCGUUCUUAACCUCUAUCAGCAUUUACGCACAGAACUGAAAUUACAGCUUGAAGCUUUUUUUUCCUGUGUGGUCUUGAGGCUUUCACAGAGUCGUUACGGGGCUUCAUACCAGCAGCAGGAGGUUGCUAUGGAGGCUCUUGUUGACUUUUGUAGACAGAAAGCAUUUAUGGUAGAUAUGUAUGCAAAUUUGGAUUGUGAUAUAACUUGUGGGAAUGUUUUUGAGGAACUUGCUAACCUUCUUUCAAAAAAUGCAUUCCCUGUGAAUUCUCCUCUCUCAGCCAUGCAUAUUCUUGCUUUAGACGGAUUGAUUGCUGUGAUCCAGGGAAUGGCUGAGAGGGUAAGCAAUGGAUCAUACAAUUCAGACCCACAUCAUUUGAAUUUUGAUGAGUACACUCCAUUCUGGAUGGUAAAAUGUGAGGAUUAUAAUGAUCCUGAACAUUGGGUCCCGUUUGUUCGUAGGAGAAAGUACAUCAAGAGAAGAUUAACGAUUGGGGCUGAUCACUUUAAUCGGGACCCAAAGAAAGGGCUAGAGUUUCUCCAAGGAACACACCUGCUGCCAGAAAAACUUGAUCCACAAAGUGUGGCUUGCUUUUUUAGGUACACUGCUGGACUAGACAAGAAUCUUGUCGGGGAUUUUCUUGGAAACCAUGAUGAGUUUUGUGUUCAGGUUCUUCAUGAGUUUGCCGGAACAUUUGAUUUUCAAGACAUGAACUUAGACACUGCAUUGCGUUUGUUUUUGGAGACGUUCAGAUUGCCUGGAGAAUCCCAGAAGAUACAGAGAGUGCUCGAGGCUUUUUCUGAGAGAUACUAUGAGCAAUCUCCGCAUAUUUUAGCCAAUAAAGAUGCUGCUUUAGUAUUGUCUUAUUCCUUGAUCAUGCUAAACACUGACCAGUAUAACGUACAAGUGAAGAAGAAGAUGACUGAAGAGGAUUUCAUUAGAAAUAACCGACACAUAAAUGGAGGUAACGACCUCCCACGUGAUUAUCUGAGAGAACUAUACCAUUCUAUCUGCAGCAACGAGAUCCGUACCACAUUAGAACAAGGUGUUGGCUUUACCGAAAUGACUCCCAGCCGUUGGAUUGAUCUGAUGAGUAAAUCUAGGAAAACCUCUCCUUACAUACAGUGUGAUUCAAGAGCGUACCUUGACCACGACAUGUUUGCCAUAAUGUCCGGUCCAACAAUAGCUGCCAUCUCUGUGGUGUUUGAUCACGCAGAACACGAAGAUGUUUAUCAAACGUGCAUCGAUGGGUUCUUAGCUGUUGCAAAGAUAUCUUCUUGUCACCAUCUUGAGGACGUUUUGGAUGAUUUGGUGGUAUCUCUCUGUAAAUUCACAACCCUCUUGAAUCCUUCAUCAGUUGAAGAACCUGUUUUGGCUUUUGGGGAUGAUGCGAAAGCAAGGAUGGCAACAGUUACAGUUUUUACCAUUGCAAAUAAAUACGGUGACUUUAUACGUGCCGGCUGGAGAAACAUUUUGGAUUGCAUAUUGAGAUUACACAAACUCGGCCUUCUACCUGCCCGUGUGGCUAGUGAUGAUGACUCUGAGAUGAUAUCAUCAUCUGAACCUGGAUACGGUGGGAAGCCUCCACUCACUAGUUCACUAUCUACUGCACACAUGCAAUCCAUCGGCACACCAAAGAGAUCUUCCGGACUCAUGGGGCGAUUUAGUCAACUUCUUUCAUUAGAUUCGGAAGAGCCGAGGUCUCAACCUACUGAGCAACAGCUCGCAGCUCAUCAACGAACACUUCAGACGAUUCAAAAGUGCCACAUAGACAGCAUUUUCACAGAAAGCAAGUUUCUGUUAUCUGAUUCCCUAUUACAGCUUGCAAGGGCACUCAUAUGGGCAGCAGGUAGACCUCAAAAGGGAAGUAGUUCCCCCGAGGAUGAAGACACCGCGGUGUUCUGUUUGGAAUUGCUGAUUGCAAUCACAUUGAACAACAGGGACAGGAUCGGUCUUCUUUGGCAGGGAGUUUAUGAUCAUAUUGCUAAUAUUGUUCAUUCCACCGUCAUGCCUUGUGCUCUGGUUGAAAAGGCUGUUUUUGGUCUCCUCCGUAUCUGCCAGAGGUUGCUCCCAUAUAAAGAUGACUUGGGCGAUGAACUUUUGAGAUCACUCCAGCUGGUUCUCAAGCUAGACGCACGUGUUGCUGAUGCAUAUUGUGAGCAAAUCACUCAAGAAGUCAGCCGUCUCGUUAAAGCGAACCCCGGCCACAUACGUUCUCAGACAGGGUGGCGGACAAUAGCAUCUCUGCUCUCAAUCACGGCCAGACACUUGGAAGCUUCGGAAGUGGGAUUUGAUGCAUUAAUGUUCAUCAUGUCCGACGGGGCCCACCUGUCCCCAGCCAACUAUGUUCUCUGCAUCGAUGCAGCGAGACAGUUUGCAGAGUCCCGUGUCGGGCAGGUGGACAGGUCGGUUACUGCCAUUGAUCUCAUGGUGGGGUCCAUCUCGUGUUUGGCUUCAUGGUCCAGAGAUGCCAGAGAAGCCAUGGCGGAGACAGAAGCUCUGAAACUCUCCCAAGAUAUUGGGGAGAUGUGGCUGAGGCUCAUACAGGGUCUGAGAAAGGUGUGUUUGGACCAACGUGAAGAAGUUAGAAACCACGCCCUUCUCUCCCUCCAGGCCUGCUUGACCGGGGUUGACGAUAUCUACCUCCCCCACGGUUUGUGGUUGCAGUGUUUCGACAUGGUCAUCUUCACGGUCUGCGACGACCUGGUCGACAUAUCACAGGGCCAUUCCCAGAAAGACUACAGAAACAUGGAGGGUACACUCGUAAUUGCGCUCAAGGUAAUGACCAAGGUGUUCCUAACGUUACUCCCAAAGCUUUCCCAACUGACCACCUUCUCUAAACUGUGGCGAGGCGUUCUUAACCGGAUGGAGAAGUACAUGAAGGUGAAGGUGAGGAACAAGAGGAGCGAGAAGCUUCAGGAGAUGGUUCCGGAACUGCUGAAGAACUGUUUGGUUGUGAUGAGGACAAGCGGGGUGCUCGUUCAACGGAGUGGUCUCGGGGGAGAUAGCCUAUGGGAUUUGACAUGGUUACAUGUUAAUAACAUUAUGCCUUCUCUCAAGUCUGGGGUUUUCCCCGAUCACGACCCCGACGAGCAACCAGAGGUUAGUAUUCAAGGUUUGGAAACCGAUUCUUCGACUGUAAACUGAUAGGAAUAGUUGUUGUUGUUGAUGAUGAUAUUGAUAACAGGUUGCUCUGCUUUGGUUAAUGUGCUUUUUAUAUGUUGAUUUGUGGUGUGAAAUUACAGUGCUUUGCAUGAUCAUGAUGAUGAUUUACUCCAGGUGCAUUGCCCAUUUUGUACAUAUACAAGUAGUAGUAGCAGUAAUAGAACCUU